AUGUCCUCCGAACCGUCUGACACCGCCGAGGCCGGCCACAACGACUCGGCUCCCAAAGCCCCCAAGACUUCUUCGAAGACUUCGACUACGACCGACAUCCUCAAUGCCUUGCGCAAAGAAGAAAAGCGUAUCAUCCGUUGCAUCCUCCCGGAGGCCAAGAAGCACCCCGAACUAUACGAAAAGGUCAUCGCCAAGAUCAGAUCAAGCAAAAUCAGCCAGCCAAAGAGGUGGAGGGAGAGUGGCUACAUCAGGAACUUCAUCGGCUGGCUGGCCUUGACCAAUAAGGGUGCCCGUCCUGAUCUUGAGGACGCCGUCACCGUCUUGGCCAUCUUUGAUUGCUACUCGAGCAACGCGCCCUCCAACCUCCGCACGGGGCUUGCUGAACACGGCCUGCGAGAGUGGGCGAUCAGGAAGUUGAAGGAUGUGCAAGCCUCGACCGAGCAAGGCUCGUCAGAGACGCCUCGUACACCCCCGAAGGCACCCAAGGUCAAGCAGGAGACUAUCCUGCCUUCAAUCGAGUUCGACCAAAUCGCGCCUCGUGCCUCUUCCACCGCUACUCAGGGGCUGAAGAGACCAGCCGAUGACCCCCAAACCGAGCAUCCGCCCAAGCGAACAGUUUCCAAGGCCGAAUACGAGGCUCUCGCAGCCCGAGUAGCCAGAAUUGAUGAGGCCGUAACUACACGUCUGCCAAUAAUCAGUUCCCGCAGCUUCGGAACCCAGACCUCACCUCCUCCAACAGAGACCACCAUGAAGCUGAUCUCUUCCAUUACCGAACAGCAAGGGAAGCACAAUCGAGCACUUGCCGAACACAGUCGAGUCCUCCGCGAGCAAGGUCGAGCACUUGUCGACCUCCCCUCCACGAUCCGCGAGAUCGUCCGCCAAGAGAUCCAACGAACAAUCGCUCCCGUGUCGAGCGACACCAGCAUCUUCCAGCGCUCACCGGCCCACGGGCAAUCCUACACCGUCAUCGCCAACCAGCCAGCGCCCUCGUACGCGUUCGACACCGCCGGCGACUUCCAGAUGGUGGAGGCUCCUCAGGGGCGAGCCGCAGGCAGCAGAUUCAACGCCAGAUGCCUCCAGCCAGGGGUGUUUGACUUUUGA